AUGAGGUUUACAAUACGACAUUGCAUAUAUGUUUUGUUAUUGGUUUGUACGAUAGUUGAUGUUCGUGGACAAGAAUGCAGUCAUUAUUUUGAAGAUGGCGGUGUAUGUGUUAAUUACAUAUCACGUAUCGAUUAUGUGUCCCAUGAAAAUGGACAGGACGUCUCAAGCAUUGAACUUUCCCUUGGAAAUCUUAGUAUAGCCCAAGGUUUAUCAACGCUCAAAGAUGAUACCAUCCUUGACAGUUGUGUACAAGCUUUCACAAGUUUUGUAUGCGCUACUGCAUUUAUAAAAUGUAAAGUGACUGACUCCAAUACCGUUUUGGACCUUCCUUGUCAGUCCACAUGUACAAAAGUUUUGGAUCCCUGUGUAAAUAAUAUUGAUAGCGCAUCACCGGAUAUUCAAAAUAUUAUUAAAACGUACAUUCAAUCAUCAAAGUACUUCCCUCAAGAUUGUAAUGGUAAUAUUGGUACAUCGCCACCAUUAGAUAUCAAGUAUCCAAAAGAAGAAUGUAAUAGUUCUCCACAGAUUUCUUUUAGACCAAAAUGUUUCAGUCCUCUUAUUGAGGAUCAUGUUUGGGUUGAAUCUAAUAAAAGCAAAACUAUAGUUGAAAACCUUUGUCUAAAUGGUUGCUGUCUUCCUUGUCCACAAUCCUACGCUUUAUAUCCAGAAGAUAAGAUGGAAGAUGGUUUCUUGAUAACACAAAUAUUAAGAGCCAUUUCAGCUGUUGGAUCAGCGGUUAUGUUAAUUUCAUAUCUAGUUUUACCAGGAAAAAGAAAUCAUCCUAGUAUAUUGAUCCUUUUUGCUUCUUUAUCAAUUUUCUUGUAUUCUUCCAAUGUGUUUUUUUCAAUUGGAAACCCAAAAGCGGUUCAAUGCGAAAAUGAAGUGAUUGCUAGCACUCAAACAAAUAAGCCGUUCUUAUGUGGCUUUCAAGGAGCUUUACUUAUUUUUGCUUCACAUGCAACUACUUUGUGGGUUGGAGUUAUAAUUCUUAACCUUCACAUCCAUACCGUAUGGAAUUCAAAUAUAUUGAGCAAUAGAUACUAUUAUAUUUACGCUAUAUGCUGGGGAAUUCCAUUAAUAUUAACCGUAGUAGCACUAGCAAGUCAUUCAGUUAGUUAUCAAUUUGCUACGCUUUGUUUUAUCAGAGUUGAUAUGGCUAAUAAUAUAUUCUUUUAUCCUAUGGCCAUUUUUGUUAUUCCGAGUUUCUUUCUACAUAUAGCCACAUUUGUUCAUAUAUUUAAGAUUUCACAAGAAGAAGAAGUCAAAAAUUCGGAUGAAUUGAUGACACAUCGUCGUCAUGUAUUACAAGCAAUUAGGAUUCAAUGGAGGGCACUUUUAUUAGCCAUUAUAUUAUUAACUACAGUAAUAUUCUAUUGGUUAUUUUAUUUCCUUGAAUUAACUACCAUAUCUAGAGGUGCAACAAAUAGAGAAUUUUUAAAAGACUGGUUACCUUGUAUUCAAUCAGGCAAAGGACAAACCUUUUGUGCAAAUAAUUUUGCGAGCAAAUAUAUGCCUCGAUUUGGUUUAAUGUUUGCAGCUGAAACGUUAACUAGUUUGACCGGCAUUUACUUAAUUGCUAUAUUUUUUAAUAAUGCUUUAUGGCGAGAAUGGAAGAAUUGGUUCAGCGAUAAAUUCGUUUCAAGUCGUAAACUUGAAAAUUCUAAUCCAGAUCAAUUUCUUGCUUUAUAA